AUGAUACCUCUCUUCCUCUGUAUUGAUGUGUGGAACCCGGCGUUUGACGUGACCCCCCACCAGCUGAUAACGGGGGGCAUCAUCACAGAGCUGGGGGUGUUUCUGCCCUCGGAGCUGCAGGCAGCACUCACCGGCCUUUUGUUACAUUUACACACACACAGUCAGUGUUCUACAAACUCACACGUUUUACGGUCUCACACACACACAUCAACGCAGGAACUCAGACACACACAUCCAACCCCCUCCCACUCCUGUCCCUCCCUCUCUCUCCUCUCUGGUCUCUCCUGUGUUCAUCUCCUGUCUCUCACCUCUCUCCUGCCCCUCCCUCUCUCUGGUCUCUCCUGUCUCUCUCUGGUCUCUCCUGUCCCUCCCUCUCUCUGGUGUCUCCUCUCUCUGGUCUCUCCUCUCUCUGGUCUCUCCUGUCUCUCUCUGGUCUCUCCUCUGGUCUCUCCUGUCUCUCUCUGGUCUCUCCUCUCUGGUCUCUCCUCUCUCUGGUCUCUCCUGUCUCUCUCUGGUCUCUCCUGUCACUCUCUGGUCUCUCCUCUCUCUGGUCUCUCCUGUCUCUCUGGUCUCUGCUCUCUCCUGUCUCUCUCUGGUCUCUCCUGUCCCUCCCUCUCUCUGGUGUCUCCUCUCUCUGGUCUCUCCUCUCUCUGGUCUCUCCUGUCUCUCUCUGGUCUCUCCUCUGGUCUCUCCUGUCUCUCUGGUCUCUCCUCUCUCUGGUCUCUCCUGUCUCUCUCUGGUCUCUCCUGUCUCUCUGGUCUCUCCUGUCACUCUCUGGUCUCUCCUGUCUCUCUCUGGUCUCUCCUGUCUCUCUCUGGUCUCUCCUGUCUCUCUCUGGUCUCUCCUCUCUCUGGUCUCUCCUCUCUCUGGUCUCUCCUCUCUCUGAUCUCUCCUCUCUCUAGUCUCUCCUGUAUUCAUCUCCUGUCACCGACAGAACGAACCAGUCUCCUUCAGAGGAACUGGCCUAUACUACAUUCUAAUCAGAUUCAGAGUUCUCCAAACAACGUUAGGAAUGAAAAAUGUAACAGUUAUACCCAAUCACAAUAUUAUAUAUUCACAUGUAGUUUUCUCUGGAAAAGUGUUUUAUAGAAAUGUGAGUUUAAGAAAAUUGAUAGCCCAUGAUGACACUUGAUUGCUGAAAAUACAUUGUUGAGUCUCAAAUGGCACCUUAUUCCCUUUAUAGUGCACUAUUUGACUACAGCCCAUAGGCUCUAGCCAAAAUUAGUGCACUAUAUAGGGAACAGGGCUCUGUGCCAAAAGUAGUGCACUAUAUAGGGAAUAGGGCUCUGUGCCAAAAGUAGUGCACUAUAUAGGGAACAGGGCUCUGUGCCAAAAGUAGUGCACUAUAUAGGGAACAGGGCUCUGUGCCAAAAGUAGUGCACUAUAUAGGGAAUAGGGGGUCAUAUGAGACACAACCAUCACCAAAGCAACUGAAAUUAGUACUAUUCAAACCAAAACAAAGCCAGUUGAUAUUAUCUAGAGCAAACCUCUUUAGUCAGCUGAUGAGUAUAACUUGUGGCUACCUCCCUAUACCUCACAUAAUGUCUGUACCUCGCUGGUCCAAUCUGUACCAUGUCAUCCCCUACCCCCAGGGUUAUCAAUCCUCUCCUCAGACGUUUCACAAUUCUGUUGUAGCCCUGAACUAGGUCGCCUGAUUCACCUGGUCGAGGGUUUGAUGAUUAGUUAGAUCAGGUGAGCUGGCUGUGGACCUGGGUCCCUGAGGAGAGGUUUAAAAACCACCUGUGUACCAUAUCAAACUACACAGAAUACACAGAAACACUAUAUAUACACUCAACACCAAUCUCCAUGUUAUUAGGCCUGGACAACAAGUCAAGCAAAAUAAAACCUUUUUUCUCUUGGCAGAGAUGGAACUCUCGGAUUUAAACAACAAUUGAACAGAAUGUUGAUGUUUGUUCUAAAGAUUGUAUUUCUAUGAUGUACUGAAUGUCACAGGGGCCCUGCACUGCUCAAUGCCUUCCACCACCAGCACCACCGCUCACACACAGGACAGGACAGGACAGGACAGGCAGGCAUCCCGAAUGGCAUCCUAUUACCUACAUCGUGCACUACUUUUGACCAGAGCUUUGGUCGUAAGUAGUGCACAGUCGAGGGAAUAAUAGGUUGUAAUUUGGACAGCAGGCUAACAGGGAGGAACGUUGCCCUUCAACCCCCCUAAAAAUGCAAGGUGGAGGUCCGAAAGUUGCCUGGCUACCCAAGCUCCUUGCUCUAGUGAAACGCUAGGCCACGCCCACGGACGUUCGUUUCUUCUCCGCAAUGAGACUGGAUUUGAGUACCCCCCCGACGAUUUCUAGAACGCAAACACAUUCUAACCAUUCUGAUUGGUCCCACAAACCGAUGGGUUGGGCCAGAGUCAGAAAGGUGCCGUUUUGAAAAUUCGUCAUUGGCUUUGAUACUCUGAUUGGUUAGAGAUGAUCCAAUCGCUGAUGACUUUGUUUUCUUACAACACCACACAUUUUGUCGUCACCACAAACAACUUCAACGAUGGCCGUCUGACUGAAGUAUGCCAACAUAGAGCAGGGGGAAAAUGUACAGUAGUUUGAGUUGUCAGGCAAGUCUGAAAGGUCAAAGGUGAAGUACAUCCCCAAAUCCACUACUCUACUACUCCAUCAUCCCUCAUUCAGAAACCUCUGAUCUCUAAACACACCACACCUCCUCGCCCAUUGGACCAUUUCUGGUCCACAACAGGCAUUCUUAUCUAGAACUUUCCUGUCAUAAAAAAUAAUACAUGAUUUAGAAUUCUAGAAUCCGUAGUGUCAUAACUGUUCCAUAUUCUAGAAUCGCAGUAGAACAGAGACCCCUCCAUCCCCAACCUCUCCCUGUCAAACUUACCCCUCUCUCUCUCUCCCCCUUCCUCUCACAGCGAUGCUGUUGGCUGUCAUCACAUAAGGGUCUAGAAUCGCAGUAGAACAGAGACCUCUCCAUCCCCAACCUCUCCCUGUCAAACUUACCCCCUCUCUCUCUCCCCCUUCCUCUCACAGCGAUGCUGUUGGCUGUCAUCACAUAAGGGUCUAGAAUCAAACACCACUGUUGUGUUUUUGGGGUUCCUUUCUUUUGUCUUUUAUUUUGAGAAACUGAACUGGAAGAAAUCAGAGGGGAGAGUUUUAACGGUCGAGAAAAAUGUAGCAACUUUGUCGCCAUCCGUAGAUCGUUACGUUGAAAACUUUUUUAAAAGGUACGAGAAUCCGUUUGUCUCUUUAUCAUGAAGACUUUGUUGUUGUCGUUGACUGGAAACCAGAUGCUGUUCUGUGUUAACAUUUCACCCCUUGUAGUCCUGGGCAUUGUUUGGCAUGACGAAGAGUGGAAGGAUGGCACGAACAGACUGGUACCCAGGCUACUCUUGUUUGGCUGUGAUCAGUUGUUUUAUUAUGGUGAUUCUUAGUGAUAAAGCUGUUGUUAUUUAGACUACACUGAGAGGCCUCCUCGACCACACACACUAUCACACACACACACACACACACACUAUCACACACACACACUAUCACACACUAUCACACACACACACACACACACACACACACACUAUCACACACUAUCACACACACACACACACACACACUAUCACACUCACACACUAUCACACACUAUCACACACACACACACACACACACUAUCACACACUAUCACACACACACACUGAUAAAAUGUCAGGAUAGACUGUGUUUAAUUGGAAUUAUCUGCCAGUCAGUCACCCAAAGGUUCUGUUUAUUUAGCAGGCUCAGAGUAGUGUCCCAAAUGGCACCCUAUUUCUUUGUAGUGCACUAUUUUUAACCUGGGUCCUAUAGGGUUCUGGUCAAAAGUAGUGCACUAUUUUUAACCUGGGUCCUAUAGGGUUCUGGUCAAAAGUAGUGCACUAUUUUUAACCUGGGUCCUAUAGGGUUCUGGUCAAAAGUAGUGCACUAUUUUUAACCUGGGUCCUAUAGGGUUCUGGUCAAAAGUAGUGCACUAUUUUUAACCUGGGUCCUAUAGGGUUCUGGUCAAAAGUAGUGCACUAUUUUUAACCUGGGUCCUAUAGGGUUCUGGUCAAAAGUAGUGCACUAUAUAGGGAAUAGGGUGACAUUUGGAUGCAUACUAGAUCUAGACAGAGGGCACCAUAUUGAAUAGUGUAAAAUAUCUCCUACUCUCUGUACUGAGGGUAUUUUAAGAGGCAGUAAAUCCCCAGUGUACUUGUAGGAAACCAUCUGUCCCUCCUCUAAUUCUCUGUCCCCAAUAACCACACUAGCAUACUAUCUAGUAUGCACGGGCUGAAUUGCUUCAUACUAAGUAGUAUGCAAGGGUGGAUACUUCGGGACAUGACCUCAUGAGUCUAGUCUUGGGAGAGGAAGAUGCCAAAUGAAGUGCCAAAUGCAACGCUAUCAUCACUUCUACUCCCUUUGAGAUUUCAACCAAUGGGAGAAUGUCCUGAUGACCGGGGGUUUGUGAAUAAGCCAAUAGGAAGCAUGGCUGGUGAUAUUAGUGCGGGUGGGGGUGUAGUCAAUUAGAAGGCCUCUUUCUACGUGUAGUUAUGUUAUUGUUUAUAUUCAUACCUGGGGUUUAGUUUUGUAUCAUGUGGAAAUAGGUCAAAAAUUGAUGUUUUUUUAAUAUGAAUAUAAUGCUGUAAACUGCAUACCUGAAUUAAGAAGAGAUUUCUCUUUCACGACAAUACAAUAAAGAGUGAACAAAAACAUUA